AAAGCAGAGAGAGAGAGCGAAAGAGAGAAAGAGACACAAGAAAAAGCAACAAUAGUAUCUUCUGCUUUUUCUCUUUAUCCCUCACCACCACCACUUCUACAAACUCUCUUACUAUUUCAGAAUUCAGAAACCACGCGAGCGAACUCUCUUUUUCUUUUUUCCUUGCUUUCUUUUUUCCACUGUAAUCACCUGCGCCGCGUUUCACUAUAGCGAAUGUGCAACUGAACUGGUGUUGAGACUUGAGAGAGAUCACUGGUGACCGUUCGAUCUUUUUCCAGAUCAAUGGCCACCCUUUCGUCGGAGGAAGCCUCCGGCUCUGGCUCUGGCUCCGGCUCCGACCAGGAGCAGAGCGAGCGGUGCGGAAGCUACAGCCUGAGCGCUGACGUCAGCGAGUCGGAGAGCUGUAGCAGUAGCUUCUCGUGCCGGCGGUUCGAGACUGAGUGUGGAGCUUCGAGCUCCAUGACGUCAUCUCCCCGUCCGGUGGAACGUAAUUUCCUUUUUCCGGCGCCGGUGAUGCUGCCGGUGAUCGGAGGGAAGGACGUGGUGGUUUGGGACGAGAAGAAGCCUGAGAAACCGGAAACCGAUUUGUCCGAGGUUGAGAUGAUGAAGGAGAGGUUUGGUAAGCUUCUUCUCGGGGAGGACAUGUCUGGAGGAGGGAAAGGAGUAUGCACUGCCCUUGCCAUUUCGAAUGCCAUCACCAAUCUCUCUGCGACUGUGUUUGGUGAGCUGUGGAGGUUAGAGCCGUUGGCGCAACAGAAGAAGGCAAUGUGGCGCCGUGAAAUGCAAUGGCUGUUGUGUGUGAGUGAUUCGAUUGUUGAGCUUGUGCCUUCGAUACAACAGUUCCCUGGUGGGGGCACGUAUGAAGUCAUGGCAACGCGGCCACGCUCGGAUUUGUACGUGAAUUUGCCCGCGUUGAAAAAGCUUGAUGCGAUGUUGCUUAGUAUGCUUGAUGGGUUUUGUGAUACAGAGUUUUGGUAUGUUGAUCGGGGAAUAAUUGUGGGUGAAACAAAUGACCGUGAUGCUUAUGGAUCGUGUGGUGGGAGGCCUUCGAUUAGGCAGGAAGAGAAGUGGUGGUUGCCCUGUCCAAAAGUACCACAGGAUGGGUUGUCAGAGGAUGCCAGGAAGAGGUUGCAGCAGUGCAGGGACUGUGCAAAUCAGAUAUUGAAGGCGGCUUUGGCAAUUAAUGGUAGUGUGCUAGCUGAGAUGGAGAUCCCCAGUGCUUACUUGGAUACCUUGCCCAAGAGGGGAAAAGAUUGUCUUGGUGACAUCAUUUAUCGCUACAUAACUGCUGACCAGUUCUCACCAGAAUGUUUACUUGAUUGCCUGGACCUGUCAUCUGAACAUCACACUCUGGAAAUAGCUAAUCGGAUAGAGGCAUCAGUUCAUGUCUGGAAGCAAAAAGACCAGAGGAAACUUGAAAAAAAAAUGAAAGCUAGGCGUUCGUCUUGGGGUGGCAAAGUCAAGGGCCUUAUAGCUGAUUGCGAAAAGAAUAAUUUUUUGGCCCAAAGAGCAGAGACCCUCUUACAGAGUUUAAGGCUUCGCUUCCCUGGCCUCCCGCAAACUGCAUUGGAUAUGAAUAAGAUCCAAUACAAUAAGGAUGUUGGGCAGUCAAUUCUUGAAAGCUACUCAAGAGUAAUGGAAAGCUUGGCCUUUAACAUAAUGGCCAGGAUAGAUGAUGUCCUUUAUGUGGAUGAUGCGACUAAGCGUUGUGCUGCUGCAGAAUCAUUGUCCCUUUUCAGCAGGGGAGGACUAGGUGGUCUUCCUAUUCAGAAACGAAUGUCUCCUAGCCCCUUCUCAAUCCACCACACUCCAUUUGCCUCUCCAUUUGGAACUCCAACCUUUUGUUCUUCUACUCCCAUAAUGGGAAGCCCGGGGAGGGCACCUUCCUCUCUAAGGAGGACCAGUUUUAAGGAAGCAACGGACCCAAAGUCAGAAAAAUUAGUAGUCCCUGCAGAUUAUGAUAAGGUGUGGUCUUAUGCUGGGAAUCUCAGUUCAAGAAGGGUUUCAGGAGAUGCUCCAGAGCGAGAUUGAGUUCAAGUAAAGUUAUCCUUCUAGGGUGAAAUUAAGUUCAAACAGUUAACUGAAAUUAACUAAAGAGUUGCAUAGCUAGUCUGGAAGCCUUAAGGCUGUGGGGAACAAAAAAAUGGCAGGGUGUAAUAUUGUAUAUUCUGUUAGCAAUAUAAUCAGGAAGGUUUAAAGUUUUGACUUCA